AUGACAGUUCAGAAGCCCUCUCCCACCGUCGCAGAACCAGAGUCCUCAGGCAAACCCAAUCCUCCCGCCCCAGCAGGCCAGUCACAGCCGAAUCCGCCGCCGAAGAAAGGCAAAGACAAGAAGAUCUUCAGCUGCCACUCGUGCCGACGGCGGAAGCUCAAAUGCGAUCGUUUCGACCCCUGUGGUGCCUGUCGGGCGCGAGGAGAGGGACAUCUGUGCACUUGGGAGGAGGGGCAAAGACCAGAGUGCGGGCCCUGCGCGCGAAACCACAGGGAAACCCUCGAGCAACUACCGAAACUGAUUCUCAAGUUGACCGAGGAAGUCCAGGAGCUCAAGACGUCGAAUUCGGCCUUGAUCGAGAACAUCAGGGACCUCCGUCCCACGGGCGAUCGGGAAGCAGUUCAGUGGGCGGCAUUGGCCAGGAUAUCCGGAUCUGCCUCGCUGACCGGCUUCGUCGACGUGCACCAACUCAUCUGCGACGUCGAGGAGGUUCAACGUCUGCCUCGGGGCAUGGACUUUGCCUGUUCCCCAACCUCGCUCGAACGUCUCGAUAUCAAGGUCUCGAGGAUCCUCGCGUGCGCCAGUCUCGCGGCCGUGGACCUGGAUCCAGGGAAGGCGCAGGAGCUGGGGCUCGCAAGUGCCGACAUUGACGCCCUGGUGCGCGAUUUAUGGAAAGGAUCGCGGAUGCUCAUCACAUCUUCGGACCUGGACUCAUUCCCCCCAACGGUCAAAAGCGGCUUUGAAGGUCGAGCACCGCCAGUACUGGACACAAACAACGACCUACUCCAGCAAACCGCCGCAGCCACGGAGAUUUCCCUGCAGAUCGUCUCCAUCAAGAUCCUCCUCCUGCUCGCCGCGCGAUCCUUUGCCGCACCGUCCGAGUACCUCAAGCUCCACCUUGACGUCAUCUCGUCCGCCGUCGACGCCUCGCUCGACUCUCCCUACGACGCGGGGCCCCUUCUCAUCGAGCGGGAAUGGCGCUGGCAACUCUGGUCCUUCAUCUGCUUGCUUGACUGGACCUCCCCAGGUAUCUACCACACCAGCAGCUACUUCAUCCGGCCGGAGAUGUACCGCGAUCCACCGUCCAAGAUCCCCAGCUUCCCAGACAACGGCACCUACCCCUCCACCAUGGAACAAGAGCAGUGGGACCGCCUCAGCCUGACGAGGCACUACCUGGACUACGCACUCGCCCUGGCCCACCUCUCCCGCCGCGCAGAGGACUGCAUCAUUCGCCCGGGGCCUGUGUCCCCCGCCCAAGCGGCAGAGCUCUGCACCGAGCUGGACGCCCUGGACAACAAGCUCUCGUUCUACCAAAUCCUUGCCAGCACCCUCCCGGCCGGCAGCGAGUCCAACAGCGGCGGUAUGCAGCUCGAUACCAACCCCAUUGCCGGGGACCUCACCACCCGCAAGCCCAGCACCGACCACCGACUGUCACUGGCGCGCGCGCCCCAGAUCCAAAAUAUGCACCUGAGCCUCGAGCUCGGGCUCAUUCGCUUCAAGCUCUUCCGCCACGAGGCCUUCCACCUCAUGCACGCGCCCAGCACCUCGGGGGCCCUGCGCAUGAUGUGCAUGGACGCCUGCGUGGACGCCUGCAUCCUCGUCCUCACGCAGUGCCGGAGUAUCGGUACCCAGGACGAGCCCGGUAGCCAGGCCCCGUCGCAGGCGCAGAUGUCUCUUGAUAAGAACGAGGAGAAGCGGCCCUGCACGGGGAGUCUGCGGCGGGUGCUGCAGCCUGCGUCGUCGGCGGCGCUAGUGGGUCAGGUCCUGUUGCAUGCUGCGCAGGGGAUGGAUGUCAUGGGGAUGGUGCCGGGGAAGGGGAAGCAGAUGCAGGGGGAUGUGGUGGCGGGGUCGAGGGGGAACUCGGCGACGGAGUUCUUUACAUUUGUCCAAGGGGGUGGGGAGUUUCCGACUGCGGGAGCCCCUAUGCUGGGGCCAGGGCCGUAUGUGGCGGCGGGGGGCUCGUGGAGUGGACGGCUGAGCCGGGAGAAGCUGCGGGUGUUGCAAUGGCAUAUCAAUGAAGUAUUGGCAUUGUUGGAGGCGCUGCAGCAGACGUCGUCGUUGGCGCGGUAUAAGCUGAGUCUACAUCGGCAGUGCAUGUAG